CUCACUACGCGCGCACACACAGCCACCAUGCUGCAGGAGCUGAACGAGCUGCUGGACGCCGCCCCGCAGCGCCCGGACACGGGUAAAUUCACACUGCUGCGAGACAGCAGAACGGAUGGCAGCUUCUUGGUGCACCACUUCCUCUCCUUCUACCUCAGAGCUGGCUGUAAGGUUUGCUUCCUGGCCCUGGUCCAGUCCUUCAGUCACUAUAACAUUGUAGCACAGAAGCUGGGGAUCAGUCUAACAGCUGCCAAGGAACAGGGGCAGCUUGUCUUUUUGGAAGGCCUCAAGUCCUGCCUUGACCUCGUGUUUGGGGAGGAGGAGCGGUCAGGACAGCCCAGUCCUCUUCAGUUUAUAAGUGGGAGCGUUUCCAACCUCAAGGACCUGUUUCACUUUGUCCAGACGUCCCUGACGCCCGCUGACAGUGACUGCUGGAAGGGCCGGGUGCUGCUGGUGGAUGACCUCAGCGUGCUGCUCAGCCUGGGUGCUGCGCCAGUGGACGUGCUGGACUUCAUCCACUACUGCAGAAUGGUGGUGUGCUCUCAGCUCAAGGUACUGCUCCCUCCGCACACAGAAGCAAAGCCUGGCUUUCUCUUUGUUCCCCUGUGCACAGUAGAAGUGCAGAAGGCUUUGUCUCUGAGGGAAGUUCAGACCUUCGCUCCAUGGCCCUUCCUGGGGAGUUGCAUGAGUUCCCGGGGUACCUUUGCAACUGGUUUCCAGGAGGUGCUGUGCAGAGCAGGGCUUUGGGGUGGAACGCACUGCUUUUUUCAAGCUGUGGCACUUCAGAGAUGUCUGCUCACAGCCGUGUUUGUGUGCAUGCAGGAGGAAACAUUUCUAAGGUGACAAGGGGCUGACGAGCUGGGGACGUAGCUGAAGGUCUGCUCGGCUCCUGGGGUGGAGGGGACGUGGCUCUCUGCUUCCAGCAGUUUUGCACCAGCUGCUUUCUGAGGGCAUGUGACGAUGUGGCAAUUGUACAACAAUCUCCCUGGCGAUGCGCUCGUCCUGGAAGCAUCACAGCCAAAAAUCAUUAAUCACAUCCAUCCUUUGCUGUUUACACUGCAGCAUCCACCACCUCAGCCACUUCUCUCUUUGCUUGAGUGAGAAAUAAAGUAGAUGGUGUCAAGUUUUGUUACCCUGCACUUCACAUGUUGCUGGGGUGUUUGAGCUGUAAAUGCUGACAGGGGAUGUUCUGCUUGCUGGGAAUACUUACCAUCAAAGCAGCUGGAAAAAAGGAAAAAAAAGGUAAAUUUUGCUAACAGGUUUCUAUUUCUGUCCAAGCUGUUCUGAAGCUUUAAAAUACAUUUUACUUGUUUGAGAAUUGGAUGUUAUUUUAAGUCCACAGUGAGCUGCCUGUGCUGAGGCAGAGGCUCCUGGGAUAUGGUUAAUGGUGGUGGUGUUGCACUGGGGAGCUCUUCAGGAGCUGAGAAGGUUUGGAAGCACAGCUCUGGCUGCAGCCGCUCAGCUGUGUCUUUAUUUAGCUGUUCUGAAUUCAUCCAGAGAGCUGCUGUUUGCACGGCCUGACAGACAGGUUUAGCUAGAUAGCUUGUAACAAAGGCUGCAUGUAUUUUUAGUCUAGAUACCUCUGCAGAUACUACAGAUGUGUGUGUUUGUGUGUAUACAGAUCUGUACACAUACACACACCAAGCUAUUUCAGAGAUGUGUGUAUGUCUUCAAGAAGGCCUGGUGCAAGGUGCUGCCCUUGGGUCAGGGCAGUCCCAGAUAUAAGUAUGGAUGGGAGAAGAACUCAGAGCAGCUCUGUAGAGAAGGACCUGGGGGUUCUGGUGGUACAAAGGUCGACACGAGGCAGCAGUGUGCACUCACAGCCCAGAGUGCCAACAGUGUCCUGGGCUGCAUCAGCAGAGGGGUGGCAGUGGGCAGGGAGGGGAUUGGCCUCUGCUCUGCCCUUGUGGGACCCCAUCUGCGUGCAGAGCUGGGACCCCAACCCAGAAAGAUGCAGAGCUGUUGGAGAGGGUCCAAAGGAGGCCACGAGGAUGCUCAGAGAAUGAGCAUCUCCCCUAUAAAGACAGGCUGGGGGCAUUCAGCAUGGGGAAGAGCAGGCUCAAGGGAGGACCUCACUGCGGCCUUCCAGUGCUUAAAGGGAGCUUAUGAACAGAAGAGAGAGAGACUUUUUACAUGGGCAGAUAGGGAUAAGAAAGGGGAAAUGGCUUUAAACUAA